AUGGGUGAGGAGAAAGUUUCACAAGUUGAUGACAAGUGUUGUUUGGAUGAUGCAAAACCAAUGGAGAUCACUGAAGAAACGUCAAUGCCUCUGAUGGAUGAGGGAAUGCAAGGAGAUGAUGUUCUUCUUCCUCCUCCAAUUGCUGCAGUGUCCAAUGGCAAUGUGAAUUUGAAACGGUGUUCAGCUGGAGGACCAGGUAAAGCUCAUGUCCAGCCACGUUACCGUGGGAACAACAUGAGCUCGACACAUGAUCUGUGUAAACAUGGGAAGAGGCGUGAGGAUGAUUUGGUGAUCAAACCGUGGAAGUUGGCUAAGAAAAAGAAUGUUGAAGUUGGAGAUUUGGUGAAAGCUGAAACCUUGAGUGGGAUGAGGAAGUCGUUGGGAAAUGUCACCAAACCGGUUGCAAAGAGAGAUCCUGCUGCUGCUAGUGAGCUUGUCAAAUCUUGCGAUGGUUUACGAGUCAAGAGAAGUGAAGCCAAGAAGAGUGAUUCAGCUGCUGCAAGUAAGGUCAAGAAGACAAAUGUUGAUGUUAAGAAGGUUUCAAGGAUCAGUGAGAACAAGAGCUCUAAAGAGGUUCUUUUGAAGAGUCCGAAGAAGAAUGUUGAACCGGUUAAAUGUGAUGAAGAGGUGUUGGAGAAGAGGGUUUCAAGGAUCAGAAGCUCUAAAGAGGAUCCUUUGAAGAGUCUGAAGAACAAAGAGAAGACGAAGAUUGAUGAACCUGUUGGAUGUGAUGAUGUACUGGAGAAGACUCUGUAUGUUAUUGAAUCUAGUGUUGAGGAGGAGAAGAAGAAGAAGAGCAUCAAAAGGGUUAAGAGUGAGAUUCAGAAAUCUUCUGAGAAGAGAAUCUUAAGAGGCAGCGGAAAGAAAAGUCUUCAACCUCUACCGUCUUUGUUGUCCCCAUCCUCAGAGGAGGUUAAAGAGCCAAAGGUUACAAGAUCAGGUCCUAGGCCAAUAAGACAGACUACUUCCAGGUCCAAGACUGGUUUGUCUGAGAAGAAAGAGAUUUGUUCUGCAACUCUUGUAACUACUUCCAAAACCGAGAGCAAGAUAAGGCCAACGAGGAUUGGUUUAAAGGUUACUCCUCGUCCUCCUGUUCCUCCAACGAGGCCUCUGAGUUUCAAGAAAGGGAAAGUUCUUGAACCAAAACCAGAAGAUUCGACUCCAGCAUCGAUCAGAUUCAAGAAGAGAGUUGUUCAAGAACCAAAACCAAGAAUUGAUGUGAGCAAGAGGAAGAAGAGCCUGAAAGAUAAACGAGAAGGUGUUGGAAAGAUGAGUAUUAGCAACGGUGAAGGUAAACGAGAGAAAGUUGUUUUGAGGCAUAGGAAAGUUGAAGUGAAGAAGAAGUUGCAGACACUUUUCAACAAUGUGAUUGAAGAGACUGUGAAUAAGCUUGAAGAAGUGAGGAAGAGUAGUAAAGUUAAAGCACUGGUGGGUGCUUUUGAAACUGUGAUCUCUCUUCAAGAUGACAACACUAAAACAUCUCAAAGGAAGAAGAAGAUUCAGAGCAAAACCACAUCAUCACUAGCCGUUGAAGGCUAG